GUGUGCUACGCGUGUACGUUCAGUGUAAGUGUAGUAGACCAGACGCCAGUACAUACACGCGGUUUACCUAGUCAGAGUUACGACGGAAUACGUUUUUUCAACAAUGAAUCGACCUGUCUUCAUUCUCUAAUUAAUGCGGUAACAAUUAACGACUUUAUAAAAUAAUGACGAACACUCCGACGCACGUGAAUGUGAGAAUAAACAGCAGCAUCGAUGACGUCGUUGAGAAUACCGAGAACGACGAGGAUGACAGAGUAAGAUUGUUGAAACCGAGGAACAAUUUUGCUUCGUAUUCGAACGAAGAUAUCGACGUUCGGUUUCGGAACGUUGCCCCAGACCGUGCGUAUCAAUCGUCACAAAGUAUUAUCGAAACAGUUUCCAGCAAUUCAAGGAGGCUAAACACUGAAGAAAUAGCUGCUGGUGCCACUAACUUCUUAUCGGCCAAUUACGAGAGUUUAGACUAUGACCCUUGUGAGAAUCAUCUUCUUCAAAACGAGGAGAGAAAAAAGGGGUACAAGUUUGUAGUCAAGAAGAACAUUGCCAGGUGGUUCAUCUUUCUGUUAAUAGGCAUCUGUACAGCUGCGAUAGCUUCUUUUGUGGAUAUAUCUAUAGAAGAAUUAACAAAUUUAAAGUAUAGUUGCCUAAAAUAUUACGUUGAUUCGUGCGUAAACGAUUGCAUAUGGUUACCGUAUCUAUUAUGGUUGGCCCUCAAUUUUUUACCAGUCUUGGUAGGAGCCGUUUUGGUCUCCUACGUGGAACCUGUCGCUGCAGGAAGUGGCAUUCCACAAGUAAAAUGUUAUUUAAACGGUAUCAAAGUACCGCGAGUAGUACGUAUUAAGACGUUAACGGUAAAAAUUAUAGGAGUAAUUUGCACGGUGGUCGGUGGUCUGGCCGGUGGCAAGGAAGGACCCAUGAUUCAUUCCGGGGCUGUGGUAGCGGCAGGGAUAUCGCAGGGAAAGAGCACUACAUUUAAGAAGGAUUUAGGUAUAUUCAAAUACUUUCGAGAGGACCACGAGAAACGAGACUUCGUCGCGGGAGGAGCGGCUUCCGGGGUGUCCGCCGCAUUUGGAGCACCGAUCGGAGGAGUGUUGUUCAGUAUCGAAGAGGGAACCAGCUUUUUCAAUCAGAGUCUCACGUGGCGAACAUUUUUUGCUAGCAUGAUUACUACGUUCACGCUGAACGUCAUCCUUAGCACAUAUCACGGUCGGCCCGGUGACCUUUCUUAUCCAGGCCUACUGAACCUUGGGAAGUUCGAGUCGAUCCCUUAUCAAAUUUACGAAAUACCAUUGUUCAUGAUAAUGGGAACGAUCGGUGGACUCCUGGGCGCUGGUUGGAAUCACGUGAAUUACAAGAUCAGCUGUUUCCGCCUGAGAUAUGUGAAAAGAAAAUGGUUGAAGGUGAUAGAAGCUCUCUCGGUCGCCGCGAUAGCCGCAACGAUGGGCUUCACGAUGCUUUACUUCAUCGACGAUUGUAAACCGCUGGGACAAGAUCCGACCAAAUUUCCUGUUCGGAUGUAUUGCAAGGAAGGCGAAUAUAGCGCGGCUGCGGCUCUGUGGUUUCAAACGCCGGAAAGCAGCGUGAGAUCUCUGUUUCACGAUCCUAAGGGUUCCCAUAGAGACGUAACUUUAGCAGUUUUCGUUGUCCUGUACUUUUUCUUGGCUGUUGCUACCUUCGGUUUAUCUAUGUCCAGCGGACUCUUUAUACCAUCGCUUCUGAUCGGUUCCGCAUGGGGUAGAUUGAUCGGAUCAGGCCUCGCGCAAACAUUUCCAAAUUGCGUCGUUCUAGAUCCCGGAAAGUAUGCUUUGUUAGGCGCGGCCGCUCAAUUGGGGGGAGUCGUUAGAAUGACGAUAAGCUUAACAGCUAUCCUAAUAGAAGCUACUCAAGGAAUAUCCUUCGGUCUGCCAGUUAUAAUAGUGCUUAUCAUGGCUAAAUGGGUUGGAGACUUCUUCAACGAGGGGAUUUAUGAAAUUCAUACGCAAAUGGCCGGAGUUCCCAUAUUACCGUGGGAACCUCCGCCGCUAUCGAAUAACAUAUAUGCUAGCGAGAUAAUGAACCACCCGGUAGUAACGUUGAGAACGGUAGAAAAUGUAGGCCACAUCUUAGAACUCCUUAAAUGCGUUACGUUUAACGGAUUUCCCGUAGUUGAUCCUCCUAACAGCGAUCAGAUGGAAAUCCACUCUUACCGGAGACUUCGAGGGUUGAUAUUACGUUCCCAGUUAAUAGUAUUGUUGCAAAAUAAAAUGUUUAACCAGUACGAGGAGAAAUGGGAAAAGUGCUUAGAUAUUAAAAUGUUCAGAAAGGAAUAUCCCAGAUACCCUACGAUCGAGCAAGUGAUGAUAACGGAGGUUGAAAAAACAUAUAGCAUCGAUUUAAGACCCUUCAUGAAUCCUUCCCCUUAUACUGUGCAACAUUCUGCCACACUGCCACGAACGUUCAGGCUUUUCAGAGCUCUGGGACUUCGACAUUUACUGGUAGUCAAUGAUACGAACGAGGUGAUCGGAAUUAUUACGAGAAAAGAUGUUGCCAGAUUUAGGAUAUGGAAACACAGAGGACGAAUGGGGCUAGACGAGUUAUUAAUAUCCAAUAAGAUCUAGUUUAGUUUUAUUAUCUGACUCAGGUAUUAACGUAUCAGAAGAUAAAAAUAAGAUAUAGUUUUUCUAUAUGCUUGUAAAAGAGAAUUGAAAUAUAAU